GACAAGGAGAGGAGGGAGAGGUGGAGCAAGAAGCCGAGAACGUGCAGACCAAGGCACACCGAAUUCUGAGGGUGAACUGCGGCAAACGACCAGGAGCGUUUGCCGAGGAAAGACGCACAGUCCGGCGCUCUCUAGGCACCACCGCCAUGCUCGAGAUAUUGCAGGGGAGAGGGCGGAUUCCGGGGAGAAGCGAGAAUGGUCGAAAGAGACGCCAUAGUGUGUGCCGUCGGUCUCCGGCUGUCUUCACAUGCUUGCCGUUGUGCGUCCCUGCUGAGGCCUCGCGCCCCAGCGUCUCUGUCGAUACGCCGAGCCCGAUGGGUCUUGUCCCCGUUUCUUCCGCCCCACUGAGGAGACGAGGCGAGCUCCGAGCGGCGUGUAUAGUUCCUGAAAGCCGACAAAGAACCGUGUGUACAGCGCCAUCUUAUCGCCGAAAAAAACAUGUCAACGCGUGCAAAAGCCUUUCGAGGGAUCCCGCUCCAAGCCCCGGCCUUCCCGUAGUGUGCUACCGUCGCUUCCGGUUGCUCAAUCUCUGCAGACAGCAGACAGCCAGUUGUACCACUCUGUGGGGAAGUAUACCCGACUCAGCUAUGUAUGGUAAGAUUGAGCGUGGACUAUGAUGUCCAGCAAGCCGCUUGGACAAAAAAUGUGAGUGUCAGAUUGCCAGC